AUGACCACUUACACCCCCGUUGAGGAAUUUAAUGCCUUGCUCUCAGAGUCUUCAGUUCUCUUUGUCGUUUUUUACCGCGGUCACUGGUGUCCCUUCUGCCGAGCUUAUCUCCAAACUCUUCAAGGACUAUCCCCUUCCAUAUACUCACUGGGCGGCAAAACCCUAAUCAUUACCUCUGAACCGGCUUCUUUCCUCCCUGAAAUGCGCAAACUCACUGGUUAUUCCGGUGACGCUAUCGUUGAUACUAAGAACACACUCGUGGAAUUAGUAAAAGAGAACUAUGACCUUGAGAUAGCGGUGACCGAGAGGAAAGGCUAUGAGAAUGGGAUGGCACAGCCAGGGAUUUUAGUUCUCCGAGGUGGCAAAGGUGAAGAUGUAACGGGACAGGGAGGAGCAGUUUUAGAGAAGUGGGCGAUUGUCCCGAGCGCCAUGAACAUAGGCGGCGCUAGUGACAGGCCAGAUUUGGAGCAGGUUUGGGAUAAUACAGGUGCAGAUGAGAAGAGCAAGGGACGAGCAGUUGUCUUUGAGCAGGAGAGCAAAUGUACUGCUGUGGGCUCGGAGCAACAGAGGUUCGUGCGGUGGGCUACGGAGGAGACGCCGAAACAGAAGGGGAAGAAGAAGAUGAUCAAAGAUUGA